AUGACAUCCGCAGCUCGAUUAUUAUUCGUCAUCAAGGUGGUCUUUUUCACCUUGAACCCUGUCUUCAAGUCCAUAUUCCCGUCUGAAUAUUAUUCAUCAGAUCCACCGAGGGGUGCCGACGGCUCUGCAGCGAAAAUAUUCGUCGCUUUCCACAUCAUGGAUAUCGAUGAAAUAUCCGAGAGUAAAAUGGGCUUUCGUCUUCAUCUGUUCGUAAUUGACAUGUGGAAAGAUGACAGGCUGAAUCUCGACGCCGUCCUCGACAAUUCUUCGGUGAGGAUUGUUCCCGAGGAAAUUUACUCGAGGAUCUGGAAGCCCGACAUCAUUUUCGUCAAUUCGAAGAGCGGCUAUCUGUUCAGGCAAUCAGUAACGAACAAAUUCGUGAAAAUUCUCGACGAUGGACACCUAUAUCGGACAACGAGAUACCUUUUCCAGGUCGACUGCCUCAUGAAGCUCCAGAAAUAUCCGAUGGACAAGCAGAACUGUUUUUUGAAGGUCGGCCUGCUGUCCACGCCUUCGACCGAUGCAACGCUGCAUUGGAUGGACGAUCCUAUUUCGCCGCAUCGCAACGUGUCGCUCCGUCUCGUGGAAACAAAUGCACCUCUUCAGUUCGACAUCGCCCAACCGAAACCCCACAAGACAACUGAGCAAUGGAUUUUCACCGAAUGCGAUUACUUGUACGCAAACUUCACUUUCACAAGGAGGAUCACGGCAAGUCUCCUCAAUACGUACAUUCCUACCGGUAUCGUGGUCAUCAUGUCGUGGGGAUCUUUCUGGCUGGACGUGAAUGCAACGCCUGCCAGGACCUCUAUCGGUGUCACGUCCGUGCUGACUACGGUUACGCAAAUCGUUCAGUCUCGGAAUUCCACUCCCUCGGUGGACUAUCUCAAGGCUGUCGAUGUUUGGUUGUUCAUCUGCCUCCUGAUGGUUUUCCUCGCCAAUCUCGAAUAUCCGAUUGCAUAUAACGUUGAGAAGUUCUACACUCUGAACCGAUACUCUCAACCAGACAAGUACAAGGAUCCAAAAGGUCGGCGGAUGACCGUGGCGCAGACUCUCUUCAGGUACACGAACAUCAUAGAUAAAGUAUCGAGAAUUAUGUUCCCGAGUGCGUUUUUCGUAUUCAUCAUCAUCUACUGGGCAACUUACCUUUCCAUGGGCGAAUGA